UAGAGGUAAAAACGGGGCAUAUACCUAAUCUGUACAUAACUCUAUAGAGAUGACAGGCGUCGAAAGGUCCAAUGUCAAUGAUUAUUUUAGGCAACGAACGGGUGGCAACGGAUGUCUCCCGAGUCCAUAAAACUCUCCGGCAACCUUCACCUAGACAUCAACCAGCUCACUGAACAUCGACAAAUCGAGUCAUGGAUAGUGCAAACGGAAGUUUAAGCCAACCCCAGCUCACGAAACAUGAUAUGGGCUGGAGGAGGGUUGUUCGCAAUUUCACCCCUUCGUGGUUUUCAGUCACGAUGGGCACGGGCAUUGUGUCAAUCCUACUAAAUACCCUACCCUAUAACGGCGAAUGGCUCUACUGGAUCUCUGUUGUGAUCUUCGCCUUCAACAUUCUUCUCUUCGCGAUAGGAUGUAUCAUCACCGUCCUCAGGUACUCGUUGUACCCGGAGAUUUUCACGGUGAUGAUUACCCAUCCGGUUCAGUCUAUGUUCCUCGGGACAUUUCCAAUGGGCUUUGCCACUAUCGUCAAUAUGUUUUGUUUCGUCUGCGUCCCCGCUUGGGGUGAAUGGGCCAAGAACUUCGCCUGGGGGAUGUGGAUAUUUGAUGCCGUCCUCUCAGUCAUUACCGCUCUCUCACUGCCAUUUUUAUUGAUGGCCCAUGGAGGCGAAACGCAACUCUCCUCCAUGACCGCGGUUUGGCUCCUCCCAAUUGUCAGCUGUGUCGUUGCCGGAUCAUCCGGCGGCAUCGUGGCGGGUGUUCUCUCCAAUCCGCAGCAUGCGCUCUGGACUGUGAUCGUUUCGUAUGUCCUGUGGGGUAUUGGACUUCCACUGGCCAUGAUGGUCAUGGUGAUCUACCUACAGCGACUGACUCUGUAUAAGAUUCCGCCCAAGGCGGUGAUCGUCAGCGUUUUCUUGCCUCUAGGCCCAUUAAGCCAAGGCGGUUUUGGGAUUUUGAAACUAGGUAAAGCGGCACAGACCAUUUUCCCUCAAACGCACACACUUCAGACAUCAUCGGGCGACGUCUUCUACACGGUAGGCUUCCUGAUCGCUUUGAUUCUCUGGGCCUUCGCACUUGUCUGGCUCUUCUUCGCCUUGGCAUCCAUUGUUCGAUGCAAGAGCUUUCCGUUCAACAUCGGAUGGUGGGGGUUCACCUUUCCCCUGGGCGUCUUCGCCACCUGUACCUGUGAAGUGGGCACAGAGUUGCCGUCAGAGUUUUUUAAAAUUCUCGGGACGAUUGUAUCGCUUUGUGUGGUCGUGUUAUGGGUUGUUGUGAGCGUUGGGACGCUCAAGGGAGUGGUAUCCGGACAGCUGUUUGUUGCGCCGUGUUUGGCGAACCUGAAACUCAAAGAGGAGGACAAAGACACGACUAAGGCUGCAUAAUAGAUCGAUAGUGUACAGUGUAUUUUUGUAGGAUCGGUUGUAGUAUUUUUUAUCUUAUUUUAUAUUUUUGGCACCCGAUCGGGGUAGGGUGUGGGUUUAAGUUGUAUAUUACUCAAUUAGCGAAAUUGGUGGGCAGUAGCAAUAUUUCAAUAAUAUAUAUAAUUUCAUAAAUC